ACCAAAAAGCAGUCAGUCUCCCUCCUUUCUCGCACUACCAUCACCAAACCACAAUACAAAGGAAAGUGAUGCCGAGUUGAAAAAACAAGAAGAAAAAAAGAAAUGGUCAUGAGCAACCUUCAGCUAGACUACUCUACUCAGAAAACAAUCUUAGCCCUGAGAAUCAUAAUCUCUUCUCUGCUUUUCCUUCUCUUUUCUUCACUUAGCAUUCAUGGCUACCCAAUCCAAGCCCAUAUCUUCAUCUAUGCAGGCUGCUCUCAAGAAAAGUACCAACCAAGCUCCCCCUUUGAAGCCAACCUCAACUCUUUUCUAACAUCAGUGGUUAGCUCAUCCUCUCAAGUCUCUUACAACAGUUUUGGAGUUGGAAAUGGAAGCUCAACAACACUAGAAGGCACCAUAUAUGGCUUAUACCAGUGUAGAGGUGACUUAAAGAUUUUCGACUGCGCAAAAUGCUUAGAGAGUGCAGUAAAUCAAAUUACUUUGGUUUGUCCCUACUCUUAUGGGGCUUCUUUGCAGCUUGAGGGUUGUCUCAUAAGAUAUGAGCAUGUUAAUUUCUUGGGGAGGCUUGACACAAGUCUUAGGUACAGAAAAUGCAGUAAAAGUAGUGUGAGUGAAGAUGUUGAAUUCUUUAGGCGCAGAGAUGAUGUGCUUGCUGAAUUGCAAGGAACAAAUGGCUUUAGGGUUAGUAGCUCUGGUUUGGUUGAAGGUUUUGCUCAGUGUUUGGGGGAUAUGAGCCAAAAUGACUGCUCUUCUUGCAUUGCUGAUGCUGUGGGAAAGUUGAAGAGUUUGUGUGGAUCAGCAGCAGCUGUUGAUGUGUUCUUGGCUCAGUGUUAUGCUCGGUAUUGGGCAUCUGGCUACUAUGAUAUCUCAGAUUCCUCUAACCAAGACCAAGUGGGGAAGACAGUGGCCAUUAUUGUUGGGACAGUAGCAGGGCUAGCUAUUCUGAUUGUUAUUCUCUCAGUUUGCAGGAAAACCAUGGGUUAAGGAGAUGUGGAGAGAGAGAGAGAGAGAGAGAGAGAGAGAGAGAGAGAGAGACUACUUUCUUGAAAGAUAUGGAGGAUACAUAAUCAUGACAGAAGUCCACAAAUUGAUGUUGGCUUCAAUAUUCUAGUGAAAGCUCUAUGUUUUCUACUUUUUGUCUAUUUUAAUACCAAUUGGGUUUUUUUUUUUUUUUCUUUCACAAUAGAAGGUGGUGUUAUCCUAUAGCAUAAAGUAGCACUCUAAUCUCCAUCAACUUCAAAAGGGCUGCUGAUUCUCUUAGCUUCAUGCUGUCCAACAAAAACCCAUCUCUUUUUCAACUUCAUUCUUUGGGUUAACCAACCUUUGUUUGGUAAA